UCUCCCCCACUCUCUCUGAAAAGCAGGGGAAAAAUAUCCUCCAGCGAGAAUAAAAAAUAAAAAAAGAAACGCACCUAAGAAUGUGACAGAGAUUGAAAAUAAAAGAAUGGAAAACGUGUAUCACAAUUUUUGCUCCUCAAAAGACGAUAAAGAGAAGAACAAAAGGCUAAAAGUUAGAAGAUAUUCGCAGCAAAUGUACCUUGCAAAUGAUGAGCAUCCAGAAUAUAUAACGAACACUUUCCCGUCCAGUAGAAAAAGGCAAGCCAAUAAAAUGAUGGGCAAAACCCAAAAUCGGGCUCCUUACGGAGAAGAGCAUGGAAAGGGCCAAUAACUUCACGAGUGAUUUUAGGAAUGCAAACUGAAACCACAGCAAAUGAGUACAAAUGUUAAAGUCUGGCAAUACCCAGCGAUGGCAAGAAGAUGGGUCAACUGAACCCUCCUGGCCGGAAGGUCGGGCAGUGCAAUUAUCUUGGUAAAUAAUACGGCAUUACCAAAUGGAGUUGGCUUCAUAGCUCCAAACGGCAAUCGUUUCCUCUGCUGGUGAUCUGCUGUGUCAGCAGGAUUCAGCAGUCACAGCUGGUGGACUCCAUGCCGUGCCAUCUCCACUGGGGCUGCAGGGGCCAUGUCCAAGAUGGUGCACUCAUGUGGCUGGCAAGCUGGUUCAGGCUAUGGGCUGUGGACCUUGGGGAUUUCCUCGUGGGAUGGUGGUCAGGUUCCAAGAGCAAGAAUCCCAAGACAACCAGACCCCUGUUCCGCGUAGCUUUCGGAGUGUGACCAACCAGUCGGGGAAAUGGAGCUGUUGAUGCGUGAAGAGCAGUGAUCGUGGCAAUGCAGAAGGACCAUCAUGAUGGUAGCAAUCCUGUUUCCAGGGCAACAAGCAAGUCUACACAACGUGAAGUUACCACUCCUGGAGAGCAGAGGUCUGCACCCUGAGACGAUGUGCUCCUGAGUUACAUCUUCUGUUUUCCAGUAACAUUUGUGAUUAGCCAUAUUCAUAAACAUCCCGAAAGAUAAAAUUAUUUUGAAAACCCUGAAGAUAAUGUACAUUUGGGGGCACAACUGAGCGUUUGGAUUAUUUUUUACCAACCUGAGAGAUCAACAUGAUGACACAGCCAGAGCAGUGAUGGUGAGUCAUGGAGGAUAACCAGGAAACCCACCCCAAAGGGGACGGUGAUUUAGUUUCUGAUGAAAUAAAUUUUAAAACAGAAGAGAAAGAGGAUGGAAUUCCAAAUCACAGCUUGGAAAGAAUGGACUUUAAAAUUGAACAGGAGGACAGGAAGGUAGCUGACAGUGGUGAUGAACAGGCAGAGAUCAGAGAAGUGAGCUACAGCUGCAAGCCCCCAGGGAAGUGUUUGCCCCCCGACCAUGAGGACGACUAUGGGGCCCUGUUCUCGCAGUACAGCAGCACGCUGUACGACGUCGCCAUGGAGGCUGUGACGCAGAGCCUCCUGUCCAGCCGCAACAUGAGCUCCAGGAAGAAGUCCCCAGCCUGGAAACAUUUCUUCAUCUCCCCUCGGGACAACACGAAGGCAGUGUGUGUGUACUGCAUGAAGGAGUUCAGCCGUGGCAAAAACGAGAAGGAUCUGAGCACAAGCUGCCUCAUGCGUCAUGUGAGGAGGGCGCACCCCACAGUGCUUAUCCAGGAAGAGGGCAGUGUGUCUGCCUUGGCCUCCCUCUCCUCCCCUGCACUGCUGCUCCCACCACAGCCCUCAUCUGUUGGAGACCUGGGCACCAUACUGUCACCCAUCAAACUUGUCCAGAAAAUGGCCUCCAAGAUCCCAUCUCCUGAGCAAGUGACGGAGGAAUCUGUGUCUGUCGUGUCUUCUGAAGAGGUCUCCUCUGACUUGUCCAUCUCUGAGAAGUACAGCCAGGAAGAAGUCCUGGUGGGGCCACCCGCUCCCCUCCCCACUCUUCAGUAUGAUGACACUGCAGAGAAUGGGCCAGAGAAGAGCCUUCCUCUUCCAAAGAGCACCUCUGGGUCCCGAAGGUGGUCCGCUGUCUGGAAGCACUUCUACCUGUCCCCUCUGGACAGCUCCAAGGCCGUGUGCAUUCACUGCAUGAGUGAGUUCAGCAGAGGGAAGAACGGGAAGGACCUGGGUACCAGCUGCCUCAUCAGGCACAUGUGGCGAGCACACCGUGCCAUUGUGCUGCAGGAGAAGAGCGGGGGUGCAACCAUGCCUCCCCCUUGCUCUACCUCCCCCACCCUGCUGCACGCACUCCCACCUCCCGAGAGAGGUCCAGGCUGUGUGUCCUCAUCACCAGGGAAGGCGGUCCAAGAGUCCCCCUUGGAAUCCUCCUCCCCACACCAACCACCCGAGACCCUGCAGGCACGUCUGAACCCUGGGGAUGUGCUGAUGGAAGAUGCUGUGCUGUCCUCUGAUGAUUUUGGCGAGGCCUCCCUGGUGUCCUCUCCUGAGAAGCAGCAGGGUGAUGAGUCGAGCCCUCACCUGGUGGAGCCUGGUGCUAUAUUCCAGCAGAAUAAAAAGGUGAUGAAGAGACUGAAGUCGGAGGUUUGGCAUCACUUUUCGCUAGCCCCAAUGGACAGCCUGAAGGCUGUGUGCAGACACUGCGGCUGUGUCAUCAGUCGGGGGAAGAAGGGUGAUGUCGGGACCAGCUGUUUGAUGAGACAUCUCUACAGACGCCACCCAGAAGUCGUUGGGAGCCAGAGGGGCUUCCUGGGGGCUAGUUUGGCAAAUCCUCCAUACACCACCUUGGCGUCCACAGCAGGUUCCUCCUCCAAGGUAACUGACUUGCCAACAGUGGUCACAAAAAGCAGCCCAGUUCUAUUUCCCGCUCACAGUAAAAAGACCUCCAAGCUGUGGAAUCAUUUUUCUGUCUGCUCUGCGGACCCCACUAAAGUCGUGUGCUUGCACUGUGGCCGGACAAUAAGCAGGGGGAAGAAGCCAACCAACCUGGGCACCAGCUGUCUUCUGAGGCAUUUACAGAGGUUCCACAGCAGUGUGCUCAAGACCGAUGUCCCCACGACCACGCUACCCUCUUCUGCAGGAGUCCGUGUGCCCCUGAGUGCAGGAUUGUCAAGAGCCUCCUCCUUUGAUGACACUAAUGAGAAGUUUUACGAUUCUCAUCCAGUUGCCAAAAAGAUAACGAGUCUCAUAGCUGAAAUGAUUGCACUUGACCUUCAGCCAUAUUCUUUUGUAGACAAUGUUGGCUUUAACAGGCUGCUCGAAUACUUGAAACCUCAGUACUCUUUGCCCUCCCCUUCCUACUUUUCCAGGACAGCUAUUCCCGGGAUGUACGAAAAUGUGAAACAGAUCAUUAUGUCACACCUUAAGGAGGCUGAGAGUGGUGUGGUCCACUUCACGUCUGGAAUAUGGAUGAGUAACCAGACCCGAGAGUACCUGACACUCACUGCUCACUGGGUCACCUUUGAGUCUUCAGUCCGGCCUCACUGUGAGGACCACCACUGCUCAGCACUGUUAGACGUGUCACAGAUUGACUGUGACUAUAGCGGCAACAGCAUUCAGAAGCAGCUGGAAUGUUGGUGGGAGGCCUGGGUGACAUCCACUGGCCUUCAGGUUGGCAUUACCGUGACCGACAAUCCCAGCAUAGGAAAGACGCUGAAUGAAGGGGAGCACUCCUGUGUGCAGUGCUUCAGUCACACAGUGAAUCUCAUUGUCAGUGAGGCCAUUAAAAGUCAGAGAAUGGUCCAGAAUUUACUUAGCAUUGCUCGGAAGUUGUGUGAGAGGGUGCUUCGCUCACACGAAGCAAAGGAGAAAUUGGCAGAGCUGCAGAGGGAGUAUGAAUUACCACCACACCAUCUUAUUCAGGACGUUCCGUCCAAAUGGAACACGUCCUUUCAUAUGCUCGAACGGCUCAUUGAACAGAAGAGAGCAAUUAACGAGAUGUCCAUUGAGUGUAAUUUCAGAGAACUGAUCAGCUGUGACCAGUGGGAGGUCAUGCAGUCUGUGUGUCACGCGCUGAAGCCCUUUGAUGCUGCAAGUCGGGAGAUGAGCAGCCACAUGUCCACCCUCAGCCAGGUCAUCCCCAUGAUCCACAUCCUGAACAGGAAAAUCGAGAUGCUGUUUGAGGAGACCAUGGGCAUCGACACCAUGCUGAAGUCUCUGAAGGAAGCCAUGGUGAGCCGUCUCUCCGCCACCCUCCAUGACCCCAGGUACAUCUUUGCUACACUGUUGGACCCUCGUUACAAAGCCUCCCUGUUCUCUGAGGAGGAGGCAGAGCAGUACAAGCAGGAUUUAAUCAGGGAACUAGAAAUGCUGAAUUCUACCUCAGAGGACACACCUGUCUCCAAUGGGUGUGAUCCAGGCUCCCCAUCGAGAGACUCCAGUGGGGAUGACAGCUUGUGGUCUCUCAUGGCCAAGAUCAAAAAGAAAGACCCAAGAGAAAAGACGAAGGUGCCUGAGGCCAUGGUGCUUUCCUACCUGGAGGAGGAGGUGCUUGAACACAGCUGUGACCCACUCACCUACUGGAACCUAAAGAAGUCUGCCUGGCCGAGCCUCUCAGCCUUGGCUGUCAGGUUUUUGGGCUGUCCCCCGAGUAUCGUCCCUUUGGAAAGGCUGCUUAGCACACCCACUGAGAAUGGUAGCUUUGGCCAGUCCAGGCUGAUGAUGGAACAUUUUGAAAAACUUAUCUUUUUGAAAGUGAAUCUUCCCUUAAUAUACUUUCAGUAUUGAAAUCACAAUGGAGCUACCAAGCUAAAGAUGUUGUUGCUCAUUAGGCACCAGCAGUUUCUCACGGCUGGUGACUGGCACCAGUUGGGGCCAAGGAGAACAUAAGACGAGGCACUCUCAGGUCCAGGCUGAGGCCCUUUCCAGUCUCACUAUAAUGUCUACAUGUGCCUUACUCCUAGUCCUUCAGGCCAGGUACCAUGGUGUAUUUUUUACAAAGCCACUAGAGCGAGUUUGUCUUGUCAAUUACACAAUACGGUGAUUAGGUUUUCAUCCAUAAAUGUAAAGUUUUUUAAAAGCUGGGGUUUAGUAAUUUGUUUUACUAGAGUGACAGAGUAGAUGUAAACAGUUUUAUUCUUUAGGCUUUUUAUUAUAUUAUGUAAAAACAACAAAUCAGGUACUGUAUUUUAGUCAAAAAUUGCUUGAAUUAUAACAGAACAGCCUUUGUGGCUAUCAAAUGAAAUCUGUAAAUAGGAGGUGGAGUAGAAGCCAUCCUGACUGAUCAGUUUUUAUCUGCAGCUCUAACAUAUGUGAGGAAUGCAGAGAAUGUUCUGGACGAUACUGUUCACUACGACAGAGAGUGGCAUUGAAGACAAAACUAAACUUAGAUGUUUCAUGGAAUAUCAGUCACAUGGUGGUUGGUAAGAAGAACUUCCCCAUGUUCUGUUUUUGUCUUGAGGUUUCAUGUGGUCAGUUAACUGGGAGAUGUCCUGGCUAUUUAUAAAGCGCUCCUUGCUGCCUAUUGUCCAGCCAGUGGACAGCAUGAGAUGUUUACAGCAGUUCUGGUGAUUGAACCUCCACGCCUCUGACUUAGUGUCUCUACACUUGAAGCCGUCUUUUGAAAUGUGUGUAUUGCUUCCAUUUGGUCAAAUCACGUAUGAAAUUCCUUUUAGAAGAAGUGGCUUAUUAACAGGGAAGGAGUCGUAAGAAUAGCCUUAGGUAUUUAGAUUUUUUUAUAUUACAAAAGACUCAGCCAUCACGGGUAUUUUAGAGUCCCAGGGACAUCAGGAUGAAGUGGUGUCAGUUGUCAGAUUCUUUUAACAGUAAUAUGUCUUCAGAGUUUUUGCUACAACAUCUAGAAAGUGGUGCAUUUUUAAUUUCACACCAAUUAAGUAUGCUGGGUGAAACAAGUCACUCAUUGCCUGUGACCUUUUAGAAAAGUUGUUGUCUCAUCAAAAUACUGUACCUAUUAUUAAUCUCACUUUGCAUUGACUAUGUUUUAGUGUAUUUAUAAACGGGGAACUCAGUUUCUGAAAUUAAACUUUUUAUUUGCAAUUUUC